UUUCCUCUUUUGCUACGUAUCAAUACUGACGACACUAUUUACUUUCCACCACAUCCUCAGCAAGCUUUGCCCCGUGUCUGGAGCAGCAUUCAUAAUUUCUUUGACACUUUAUGAAGAUUUGAACUUUUCAACAAUCAUGGAUGGAGAUGCGUUGUCUUUGUCGUCUGUCUCAUCAUUAUCAUCCUCAGGAGCGACAGGAACACAGAAAGAUACCUCACCAAAGAACGACAGCAGCCUCCAUCAGAGUCAACAGGAUCAAAAAUCAACUGAAGUAUUAUGGACGGAGGAUGUGAGUCCCGUGGGUGGCAGCAGGCUGCUGUCCACUGAGGAGCAGGUCACUCUAAUCACUGAGAGUAUGACUAUCACCUCGACUGACCAGGAGAAACUGCUGCUGCUCAACAAGAACACUGAGCUCCGCCGAGUCAACAAAGAGCUGAUGAAGCUGAAUGAGGACUGGGACCAGGUCUAUCGCAGAGCCACGCUAGGUCUCCAGCACAGACUGGAGGUGUUGGAGCUGGAGACCACCGCUGUCAAACAGCUCAACGGCAGCCUGUUGCUCAAAGUCGAGCAUCUGCAGAGGGCAAAGGAGUACUAUGAGCAGGCGUUGAUGCAGGAGCUGAAGAAGAACCAGGAGCUGUAUGAAUACAUCGGAUUGAUGGAAAACAGGAUUCACCACCCAGACAGAGACGGCACACCUGCCAAACAGGGCAGCUUCAGUGCUGUGAUCCGCGGCCCUGUGACAGAGCCCGCCUCUAAUCCUUCAGAUCUGUCACCCAGUCACGUCUUUGGAUACAACCCCUCAUCCUCCCCUUCCACAGCUUCUUCCAGCCCAGGGGCUGGGCGUCAGGGAAAAAGCCAAAGUAGAAGUAGCCCACUGGGAGCACUGGGAGACUCCCAGGGAGAAGUGCAGGAUCUAAAAGAGCAGCUUGAGGCACUGCAUUGUCAGCAGACCCAGAUAUAUGAAGCAGAAUAUCAGACUGAGCAUACCGACCACAAACACACACUCCAGGAGAACCGGAGGCUGAAGAAGAAGAGAGAGGAGACGCGCCAACAGGUGGCGCUAAUGCAAGAGCAGCUCAAGGUUUAUGAGGAUGACUUCCGCCGGGAGCGGUCGGACAAACAGAUGCUGCAGCGGCUAUUGAUGAAGAAAACGCCUCCAAACAAGGACCCUGUGCUUAUCCACCGCUGCAAUAAUGAGCAACAGCCACCAGGAGGAGACAAGAGGACACAAAGUGGAGAGAAAAGAAAACAGCACCACCCACUCUGCCAAAAGCACACAAACAGGGAAAAAGACUCAGUCCAAGUUUAGACCUACAUUUUUAGUUGUCCUUAAUACUCACUGACACAACUUUUAUCUGAUUAAUAACUAAUUGAUAUUUAUGUUUAUGGUAAUAGCCCAACAGGAUCACAUCUGAGUUAAAAGGAAUUGUUUGUUCUUUUAGGGUUCUGCUUUCUACCCUACAUAAUAAAUGCAGUGUUUUACUGUACUAUCCUUACCAUAAAGGUUGCCAGGUUUGGUACCUACAUAUCAUUAAUAUAUUUAACAUAUGUUCUUUAAUAUAUCUCUUUCUAAUAUACUGUAUACUUUUCUUCAUAGGUAAUGUUUUAGUUUACUCCGACUUUGAUUACUAUACAUUUGUUAUAUAUACAAAAUAAUAGAUAAUAAAUGAUAAUAAUCGUUAUGAA